GGGAGAGCGGAUCGCAGCGAGGAGGAGAAAGGAGGGUUUGAGCUCUGGCUGGUUUAAUUGUGCAGUUUUGCAAAAAAAAAAAAAAAGAAGACGCUGCAGCGGAGAUUCAGAGGCGAUAAUUGGGACCAUGAGGACAAGUACAUGCUGACCAGAGCUGAAUUUGAAGAAAGAAAACACGGGGCUGGAUUUUGUAAAACUGCCCAAAAAUAUGCAGUAAAAAGGGCCAGAACAUUUUUCAGAUCAUUGUGAAUUGAGUGUCUUUGAAAAGACAUCAGUCACAUCGGCCUCGCUUGCCAAUUUGUUCCUCUUCCUCCUGGGAGGACUCAUUCACAGGGAGAUAAGUUGACGCUGCCAUUCGAGGUACCUCAUAUGAUGUGUGAGCCGCGUUUUGGUGCCAACUAUCCCCGCGAAAGCCUGCCUGACAGCCUGCAACAGCCGGAGCGACAACAGCGCCCCACAGCCAGAUCCGACCCUCAGAUGAUGAGGGAGGCCGAGGACGACCUUUCCGACAGGGAGGAAGACGAAAGAGAGGACGACCAGGACGAGAACGGGCUACAGAAGAAACGGGGGCCGCGGAAAAAGAGGCCCGGCAAGGAGCAGGUGGACAGGGCCAAACUCCGACGCCAUGAAGCCAACGCCCGGGAGCGCAGCCGAAUGCACGGCUUGAACGCCGCGCUGGAGAGUCUGCGCAAAGUUGUGCCGUGCUACUCGAAAACUCAGAAACUGUCCAAGAUCGAGACACUAAGACUGGCAAAAAAUUACAUCUGGGCCCUAUCAGAGACCCUGAGCGCGGGGAAGAGACCGGACCUCCUCGCUUUUGUGCAAACUUUGUGCAAAGGAUUAUCUCAGCCUACCACCAACUUGGUGGCGGGCUGUUUGCAGCUGAAUGCCAGAAAUUUUCUCACGGAUCACAAUGGAGAGGUGAUGUUUUCGGGCAGGUCGCCCUACGAAGCUAUGUACUCGUACACCAGCUCGGACAUGAACUCGCCCCCGGGCCACAGCGGCGGAACGCUGGACACCGGCUCCAAACCUUUCCGACACUACAGCUACAGCAGCGCCUACGAAACUUACUUCGAGAACCCGUCCCCGGACAGUGGGAGCCCGCAUUUUGACGGCCAGCUGAGCCCCCCGAUGAACUUCAAUGGAAUUUUUUCCCUAAAACACGACGACCCGCAAGAUUAUGGGAAAAGCAGCCACUAUGGCGUGCGCUACUGUGGCGCGCCAGGGCGCUCGGCCCUCGCAUCUAACUCAAUGUACCGAGUCUCCCCAGAGGCCCGUUUCCCCUACGACCUGCACGUCCGCAGUCAGUCCUUCCAAACGCAGGGGGAAGUCAAUGGCUCUUACCACAAUUAAUUCACCACAUGGGACGAAGUGCAAACUUCAGAUGCAAAUUUCUCUGCACAAAAGUAAAAAAAUAAAAUAAAAUAACUCAGAUGUUGAUGCACAUUUUUGGGGUUUAAAGUUACUUCUUAACUGUAAAAGCAGCAGUUUGGGUGUUAUUUUAAUUUAUGUUGAAUGAUUAUUAUCUUAAAUUCUUCAGAUCCCCGUUUUUUAAAAGGGAAAACAAAGUUUGAAUAAAUUGGUGCUACAUGUUUGUUUCCAAACAAGUCAAAUUUAAGACGAAACACGAACUUGUUUACUUUUUAUUUAUUUAUUUCUCUCUUUUUUUUCUUACAGUUGCAGUGUAGUAUUUAAGUUUCUUUUCUUUCAUGGAAGUACAGCAAAUGUUGGUAAUUAUACACUUUUUGGAUAUAGCUGAUUGCACCCAACAUAGUUUGUUAUAUAUGAAAAAGAAUUAAAUGAAAGGGGGGAAAAGAGCUAAAUUGAUUUCAGUUCAUCAGGGUAGUUGACUCAGACAUGUUUCGAGCUAAGAGAAUCUGUGUUUUCAACAAAACUUCAAUUGAGCUAUGCAAUCUUGCCAAAUGCAAUCAGUGCUUAUUAGAAAUGUAUUCUUACAAACACACCAGAUAAUUUAGGACUUAAAAUAGGUCAACUGAAGGACAAGGAGGUAAAAGUAAAGGCGGAAAAUGUCACGUUUAAAUUCAUUCCUAUAUGUCGGAUCAUUUUUACAGUACCGAACUGAAUGUAAUUUUUUUUCCCCAGUAUUUAUUUACUUUUUAAAAAAAAUUUAAGUCCGUUUUGUUUGAUUGUGAAUAAUAUAUAUUAAAAAUAAUGUAAAACGACAAUGUAAAGUUUUAUGUGAAUUUCAAGUUCGUUUAUGUUGCAUUGUUGUAAAAUUUCACUGCAGCUGACAGGGGGAGAAAAAAAAAAUCACAUUUGUGUUCAGCUGGAAUAAAAAUGUAACAUGCCUUAAUAGGGGGGAGAAAAUGAUAAAGGCAGUGGCCAUUAGUAAACCACGAUGGGGAAGUUUUUGGUUGCUUGAUGUGAACUUUUCUUUCCCGUGGAGCGACUGUGAUGCACUUCUUAUAUUUCUGCACAAUGUUGGUGACCGUGCUCAUAAAUCCUGUUGAUUUUUGUAAUCGGAUGCCGAAUGCUUGGAUGAUGAAUCUAAUUUAUUUCCUGAAACGCACACACACACACGCACGCACGCAUACACACACAUGCAGGCACGCACGCACAAACUCUUCACACUGACGCGCACUCCUGGAAACCCGUUAUGGAUCGAAUUAUUCGUGAAGUAAUGUGUUAAUGUUUUGUGAUGUGUUUUGUCGCAAUAAAAAUAAAUAAAUUAAAAAUAAAGGAAUAAAUUAAAGAA